AUGAUGUUUACAUGAUCAGCUGUUUACCUUAAUGUAUAUAGAAGUUUGCUGCAAAAGAAGCUUUUCAAACUAUACCAUCACUUUCUUCAUGAGAUGGAAGUCAUUGGGAAUCUUCGAUAAACUCAGGAUGGAUUAUAGAGCCUUAAUCUACAUACUUCUCAUAUCUACAAUCGUCAUCGCGGACUAUCCCCGAGUUCCCUGUUUGGCGGAGAAGAAUCGGUAUUAUCACAAACAAUUGAAAAAAUGUCGACCCUGUGACAAAUGUUUACCUGGUGAGGAAAUAGACCUGACGGUACAGUUAGAAGUCAGUGACGUAUACGGUGCUCUGAAAUGCAGGCCGUGCAAACAAUGUCCUCCAGGAAUGUAUAAUCGUCGACGUGCAUUUAAAUGCAAACCAUGCCGGAAUUGCACUGAUGCCGGUAGGAGUAUAAAGACUGCGUGCGCUCCCAAUAGGAAUGAGGUCUGCGGGAGACGUAUCAAAGACAACACAAGCACACCUGAAUCAACCAAAUUGUUACCAAGAGGCCACCCUGGUGCAAGUGACCAUGUCAACCGGGAGCGCACAUUUAAGGCAGAUUACGUUAACAAUGGACAUACGUUCCUUAACAGCCAAUACCAUUCCCUCAUACCAGCGUUAGUAGUACCACUUGUCCUGUUUACUGGCGUAAUCUUGACAAUUGGUAUGGUACGCUUAUACCCUCGAGGAAAAAAUCGCUGUCUAACGUGCCCAAACAACAUAAUAGGUGACACCCAUCCUAUAAUGACUCAUUCCAACGCGGAGAGCACCAACUCCAGUGUUGUGUCAGGAAUACGUCAUAGUUAUCCACAUCGAAACCAUACAAGGAACGGGAUGACGGGCAGCGUUAAUACCACAGCUUAUCACCAAAUAGGUGACAAUGAAGACACCUCAGAUACAGAAGAUCAAAACAGGCGUCACCAAACGAAUAGCACAGAACUCUACCGACAUACCGUAAUCAGAAAGGAUGAUUCUUUGUCACAAUUACAUACAGAAGAUCAAAACACACUUUACCAAAUACAUAGUAAGGAACCCUACCGCCAGACAGUAAUCAGACAGGAUGGGCAUUUGUUACAUACAGAAGAUGAUAGCUAUGAACUUUUUUCUGAUGUUGAAGAGGAUGUUCCCUCGUCAGUGAUAAUUGACAGAUCAAAUAGCCCGACAUUAACGACAGAUGCAGUUCAAUACAUGGCAAGAACUGAUCUAAGAAAGUGUCUACCUCACAAAGAUGUCCCUAACAAUGAGCAAGCCUUAGUUGCCCUGCCCGGACACAGCAAAUCAGCAAACUGCAAGAUUGACGGAAAACGCAAAAAUGAGGUAAUGGAGUAUGUACAAAAACUGUCGAAGUAUAUUGCGACGGAUGACACCUAUCGCCAGCUAGGCCGACACUUGAAUGUAUCGACAACAGAUAUCGACAUUAUAGAGGCAGAUUAUGAUAAAGUCCAAGAGUGUGCAUACAGAACAUUACAGAAGUGGAAACAGUGUAAUCCAUACGGUAACAUUGACGAUCUGAAGCAAGGUAUCUGUGACAUUGGCAGAAAAGACAUAUUGGACAAAAUCCCAAGUUAGCAAAUCGUAUAUUUUGUAAUACCGAAUGAGGUUUAUGUGUUGGCCUGAACACUUAUCGCAUCAUCAAAAUGUACAACGGGCACAACUACUUAAUUAAGAUGAUUUUGGAGUAGUGUUUGUCGUAUUCAUAGCAGAUCUUUGUAAGGAGUUCAUUUGUAUAUGGGAAUCGAUAUUGUUAAUAUUCCUUGUCGAGUUGAGAGGAUUUUGUCACCGAGAGUUCACAAUGUUGAUAUUCAUGGCCUAGAGGAAAGGAUUUUGUCAAUGAGCAUUCGCAUUGUUAAUAUUCCUUGUUCACGUGAGAGAAUUUUGUCACUGAGGAUUCCCAUUGUUAAUAUUUCUGGCUUGGAUGAAGUUAUUUUAUCACUGAUAGGUCACAAGGUGCGAUUCUGUUACUAAUAAUAAUAAUACUAUAAUACUAAUAAGAGAAAUGUUACUGGUAGCUGUUAAUAAUUUUGGUCGAGACAAGAGGAUUCUGUUUCGGAUAUCUCUCAAAUUUAAUAUGGCCAAGAUGCGAGGAUUUUGUUACUGAUAGGCCACAAUAUUAAUGUUCUUGGCCUAGAUGGGAGUAUUAUGUUACUGAUAGGCCACAAUGCUAAUGUUCCUGGCCUAGAUGGGAGUUUUUUUAACUGAUAGGCCACAAUGUUAAUGUUCCUUGCCUAGAUGGGAGUAUUUUUUACUGAUAUGCCAAAAUGUUAAUGUUCCUUGCCUAGAUGGGAGUAUUUUUUUACUGAUAGGCCACAAUGUUAAUGUUCCUGGCCUAGAUGGGAGUAUUUUUUACUGAUAGGCCACAAUGUUAAUGUUCCUGGCCUAGAUGGGAGUAUUUUUUACUGAUAGCUUUCAAUGUUAAUGUUCCUUGCCUAGAUGGGAGUAUUUUUUACUGAUAGGCCACAAUGUUAAUGUUCCUGGCCUAGAUGGGAGUAUUUUUUACUGAUAGGCCAAAAUGUUAAUGUUCCUUACCUAGAUGGGAGUUUUUUUUACUGAUAGGCCACAAUGUUAAUGUUCCUGGCCUAGAUGGGAGUAUUUUUUACUGAUAUGCCAAAAUGUUAAUGUUCCUUACCUAGAUGGGAGUUUUUUUUACUGAUAGGCCACAAUGUUAAUGUUCCUGGCCUAGAUGGGAGUAUUUUUUACUGAUAUGCCAAAAUGUUAAUGUUCCUUACCUAGAUGGGAGUUUUUUUUACUGAUAGGCCACAAUGUUAAUGUUCCUGGCCUAGAUGGGAGUAUUUUUUACUGAUAUGCCAAAAUGUUAAUGUUCCUUGCCUAGAUGGGAGUUUUUUUUACUGAUAGGCCACAAUGUUAAUGUUCCUGGCCUAGAUGGGAGUAUUUUUUACUGAUAGGCCACAAUGUUAAUGUUCCUGGCCUAGAUGGGAGUAUUUUUUACUGAUAGGCCACAAUGUUAAUGUUCCUUGCCUAGAUGGGAGUUUUUUUUACUGAUAGGCCACAAUGUUAAUGUUUCUGGCCUAGAUGGGAGUAUUUUUUACUGAUAGGCCAAAAUGUUAAUGUUCCUUGCCUAGAUGGGAGUUUUUUUUACUGAUAGGCCACAAUGUUAAUGUUCCUGGCCUAGAUGGGAGUAUUUUUUACUGAUAGGCCACAAUGUUAAUGUUCCUUGCCUAGAUGGGAGUAUUAUGUUACUGAUAGGUCACAAUGCUAAUGUUUCUGGCCUAGAUGGGAGUAUUUUUUACUGAUAGGCCACAAUGUUAAUGUUCCUUGCCUAGAUGGGAGUAUUUUGUUACUGAUAGCUUUCAAUGUUAAUGUCUUUGGCCUAGAGGCAAUGAUGUCUUUACUGAGACUUAUCAAUGUUGAUAUUGCUGUUUCAGAAGAGAUGAGAGUAUCCGUUACUGGUUGUUUUCCUUUCUAAUAACCCUAGUCCAAAUGAGAGGAACCUGUCACUGUGAGUUUCCAUUGUUUGCUUUUCGACAGAUAAGGAGAAUUUUUCCCGUAGUGCAGGUUGUUAUCUUUAAUGUUCCUGUUUAACAUGAGAAUAUUAACUUGAGGAGAGGUGUCCUUGAUGGUUCCUGGUAAGAGAAAUGUUACUGAUAGUAACAAAGUUAUCAGGUAAUCAUCUGUGUAUUGAUUUUAUUAUAGCAAUACACUAUGUAGAUCUGAUAUAUACAUAACUAUAACUACAACAUUUAAUGAAUCAUGAUCUGUCCUUUAAAAUCAUACACGAUGUAUAUUCGUUCAUGGGUUGUGUUAUGUGUGACUUUGAUUAUGAAUGUAUUGCGGACGUGUUUGUAAUAAGUUCCAUCCUCUGUUGAGGUUCAACUGUAAUAUGAGAUACUGGACAUUUUUAUUGAUGUUAUUCUUGUAAUUGAUUUCAUACAAUUCUAUUGACGAUAAUCAUGACAAACAUUUGAAAGUGGACUCUACACAUGAUGACAUCAACCAAAGAUUUGACAAAUAACUGAAAAUGGGUUCAAAAUCAAGAAAAACAAAGAAGGGAUGGUUGAAUGAUUAUAUAAAGUGCAAGUUUGUAUGCGGGUAUAAUUCAAUCCUUUUUUUUCUAUCUGAUGAUGUGUAUAUUACGGGAUGAGGUAUGUAUAUCACUAUCUUUCAAUAUCACUCCUGACAUAUGAAAAAUGAUAUCGUGGUAUCAACACUGUAUAAGAGGGUCUGGAUCAUUAACAUCAUUCCCUUCGAAAUGGAUCUAUGUGUAUGUUGUAGAUCAUACUCAUAUGUGAUCCCAUGUGAUGUGGUGGCGUCAAAGGUUGACAGCUAUCUAACUUGGGAAAUAAUACCUUACUGCCAUUAUCCACCGAAUAAUACAAAUUGAAAAUUGUACCGUGACACAAAAAGUACAUAUUCAUUUAUAUCUUGUACUUACCGUGUUAAUCACCAAGAACCAAUAUGUUUUACUGGUCCUAUGCUUAGUGAGCAUCACAAUAUAGAGGAUUAGUUCUAAGACACUGUAGGAGCUAAAACGAAGCUGCUGUCCAGCCUUUGAGAUUUAUAUCAUCAAGAUUCUUUGAACAGACUUUGGUAUAACACAAACAUUAUUUACCUAUUUCUAUUCAAAUACAUCCUUAUUAAUCCGAAGAAAAUGUUUCCUAAUUUUGAACAAACAUCAAAUCAUAGUAGUUAACUGUAGGAGGAAAAUAUCAUGAUUGUAUUUUCUUCCAUUGUAAUAAAAUGCUGAAUGACAAAUUACACCUUAUCAGUAAAUUAUAAUAUAGUGAGCUUUCUGCCUGUGAUAUGGCCUUCCAUUAAUUAUAGUUAAUGUGAUAGACUUUAUAGAUUAGAUUGUUAAUCAUUCAUGCUGUUUACAUCUAUUUUUUAUAUUCUUUUGUUAAGAUUCUUUGACAUUGUUUUGGAAAAUAACAAUAAAUUAUAUAACGUUUUA